CCCCCGUGCACGCGCCGCGCGCUCCCGCUGCCGAGGCCGGCCGGAUCGAGAGGGGCGCGGAGCAGCCACUGCCGCCACCGGCAUGGCCCAGCCCCGGCAGCCCCGGCGCAGCAGCAGUGCCCCCAGGGCUGGGCCGUUGGCAGGCAGGCAGCAGCAGGCAGUGGGGUGGCUUUGAGGACCCAUCUCCCCGUGGUCGCGCUCCCAACUCACCCAUCAGAAGGUGCGACUCCUGACUCCUGGCUCUUCUGCUCCAUCUUUUCCCAGUGGGCAAAUUGGAGGCUUGGCGUGACCGGGAUGCUCUGAGCCCUUGCCCCAGGAGCUUCAGGCCUGGAUGUUGGUGCUGCUCCUCCCGGACAAUGUGGCUGAUACUCUGGAGAAGCCCUCUCGUGCCCCCUGUUCUCCAAGUGCCUGAGCUGGUGGCUGGCUGGGAUCUGCGCCUCGCCCUCUGGAUCCUGAGCUUCACCUCAGCGUUCAUUCACAUGGAGGGCCAGGUCUACUCACCCACUGUCAACACGCACUAUGGGAAGUUACGGGGAGUGCGUGUGCCGCUGCCCAGCGAGAUCCUGGGGCCCGUGGACCAGUACCUGGGGGUGCCUUAUGCUGCCCCCCCCAUCGGGGAGAAGAGGUUCAUGCCCCCUGAGCCACCACCAUCCUGGUCGGGCAUCAGGAACGCUACCCACUUCUCACCGGUCUGCCCCCAGAACAUCCACAACGCUGUUCCUGAGAUCAUGCUGCCCAUCUGGUUUACCUCCAAUUUGGAUAUUGUAGCCACUUACAUCCAGGAUCCCAACGAGGACUGCCUGUAUCUCAACAUCUACAUCCCCACGGAGGAUGUAAAACGGAUUUCCAAGGAAUGCACCCGAAAGCCCAACAAGAAAAUAUGUAGGAAAGGAGGAACCAGCGCUAAGAAACAGGGCGAGGACUUAGCGGAUAAUGACGGUGAUGAAGACGAAGACAUCCGGGACAGCGGGGCCAAGCCGGUAAUGGUGUAUAUCCACGGUGGCUCAUACAUGGAGGGCACAGGGAACAUGAUAGAUGGCAGCGUCCUGGCCAGCUACGGGAACGUGAUUGUCAUCACCCUGAACUACCGCGUUGGAGUGCUUGGGUUCCUGAGCACGGGGGACCAGGCUGCCAAGGGCAAUUACGGGCUGCUGGAUCAGAUACAGGCGCUGCGCUGGGUCAGUGAGAACAUCGCCUUCUUUGGGGGAGAUCCCUUGCGGAUCACCGUCUUCGGUUCCGGCAUCGGUGCCUCCUGUGUCAGCCUGCUCACCCUCUCCCACCACUCUGAAGGUCUCUUCCAGAGAGCCAUCAUCCAGAGCGGCUCCGCACUCUCCAGCUGGGCAGUGAACUACCAGCCCGUGAAGUACACCAGCAUGCUGGCUGACAAGGUGGGUUGCAACGUACUGGACACAGUGGACAUGGUGGACUGCCUGCGGCAGAAGAGUGCCAAGGAGCUGGUGGAGCAAGACAUCCAGCCAGCUCGCUACCACGUGGCCUUUGGGCCUGUCAUUGAUGGGGAUGUGAUCCCAGAUGACCCAGAGAUCCUGAUGGAGCAGGGCGAGUUCCUCAACUAUGAUAUCAUGCUGGGGGUCAACCAAGGGGAGGGCCUGAAGUUCGUGGAGGGUGUGGUGGACCCUGAGGACGGUGUCUCAGGCAGUGACUUUGACUAUUCAGUCUCCAACUUUGUAGACAACUUGUAUGGCUACCCUGAGGGCAAGGACACCUUGCGGGAGACCAUCAAGUUCAUGUACACAGACUGGGCCGACAGGGACAACCCUGAGACACGUCGCAAGACUCUGGUGGCCCUCUUCACUGACCACCAGUGGGUAGAGCCAUCGGUGGUGACGGCCGACCUGCACGCUCGCUAUGGCUCCCCCACCUACUUCUACGCCUUCUACCACCACUGCCAGAGCCUGAUGAAGCCUGCAUGGUCUGACGCAGCCCACGGGGAUGAGGUGCCUUACGUGUUCGGGAUCCCCAUGAUUGGCCCCACAGAUCUCUUUCCCUGCAACUUCUCCAAGAAUGACAUCAUGCUCAGCGCUGUGGUGAUGACCUACUGGACCAACUUUGCCAAGACAGGGGACCCCAACAAGCCCGUCCCCCAGGACACCAAGUUCAUCCACACCAAGGCCAAUCGGUUUGAGGAGGUGGCCUGGUCCAAGUACAACCCCCGUGACCAGCUGUACCUGCACAUCGGGCUGAAGCCACGGGUACGUGACCACUACCGGGCCACCAAGGUGGCUUUCUGGAAGCACCUCGUCCCCCACCUCUACAACCUGCACGAUAUGUUCCACUACACCUCCACCACCACCAAAGUGCCGCCCCCUGACACCACGCAGAACUCCCACAUCACCCGCCGCCCCAAUGGCAAGAUCUGGACCACCAAGCGCCCUGCCAUCUCACCUGCCUACAACAGCGACAACGGGAAGGAGAAGUGGAGCCCAGAGCAAGAGGCAGGCACCCUGCUCGAGAGCCCCCGGGACUACUCCACGGAGCUGAGCGUCACCAUCGCCGUGGGCGCCUCCCUUCUCUUCCUCAACGUGCUGGCCUUUGCCGCCCUCUACUACCGCAAGGACAAGCGCCGGCAGGACACACACCGGCAGCCCAGCCCCCAGCGUGGUGCUGCCAACGACAUGGUCCAUGCGCCGGACGAGGAGAUGCCGUCCCUGCAGGUGAGCCAGGGCCACCACGAGUGCGAGGCUGUGCCGCCUCACGAUGCCCUGCGCCUGGCUGCUCUGCCCGACUACACCCUCACCCUGCGCCGCUCUCCAGAUGACAUCCCGCUCAUGACCCCCAACACCAUCACUAUGAUCCCCAACUCGCUGGUGGGGCUGCAGACCCUGCACCCCUACAACACCUUCACCGCCGGCUUCAACAGCACGGGGCUCCCGCACUCACACUCCACCACGCGGGUAUAGCCGCCCGCCACCCGCGCACACGCAUGCACGCACGCACAUGCACGCACAGACACUGGCAGAGGGACUGCUGGGGCCAGCGGAGCUCCCCGGGCAGAGAGGCAGUGCCGUGGAUGGUGCGGCUCUGCAGCCGGAGACCUGCGGGGUCCCAGCGCGGCCGGGGCCGCUCCCCCGCAGCGCUUUCUUUCGUUCCUAUCUAACUCUCGAGAAGUGCUUUGACUCUCCCUGCUCCCCCACGGGUCGCCUGGGGGUGCUGCUGGGAUGCAGGGGGGGACACAGAGCAGCCCCUGCGCCCAUGCCCUGGCACAGGCAGACAGGAGGGGACCCCGCUGGCUGCAGCCACGGGGCUCCGUGCGCCAGGGCUGUGCCUCCCCCAGGGCGAUCGCAUCUCCAGUGCUCUGCCUGCUGAGCACCUCUGGAUGGAUGAGGAGCGAGGAGUGGGGCUGGGCAUCCCCUCAACUGGUGCACAGCAUCCUUGGGCAGCUUGGCAUCCCCAGUGCCCUGGAAUCCGCUCCUUCCCUGUGUUGGGAAGCGGCCGUGGGCCAUGGUGCUACAGGCAGAGGGAGCAGGCAGGGCCCAGAGACCUGGCCUCGUGCUGGGUGCGGGCGCUGGGGCCAGUGCCGGGGCUGGGGACCCUGGGCGCAGAGCCCCGGGCUGGAGACUUGGCGCAUCCACCCCUCUUUGCGCUGCAGAGAAUCUCUUUUGUGUCAGUUGUUUCUCUUUGCAGAGACGUUUUUUAAGCAGAUCUUUAGUUCUUUACACAACUAACGGAGUCGCCGCGUUUUGUCCUUUGUAAAGAUUUUAAAACCAAGUGUUCUUGAUACGAAAUAAAAAGCCAGUUGGAAGCCA